AUGUUACGUCAACCUAAUUACAUUUAUGGGCCAAAUACGGCUACUGUACCAGCUACAAUUAAUUUUGGUGAAUACAUGUUGCAACAAUUGUCGAAGUUUAAGGAUAAUACGGCUUUGAUAAAUGCCGCUACAGAAGAACGUCUAACGUACUCAGAAAUAUUGCAACAAUCAAUGAAUUUCGCCAUCUCCCUCACUCGUAUGGGUGUUAGAAAGGGAGACACGAUUGGUCUGAUCUCCGAGAAUAGGUUUGAAUUCUGGGGGGUGGUUAUAGGGGCGGCUUGCGCGGGCGCAGUUGUGUCACCUAUUAGCGUAGGAUAUGUUAAAGGUGAACUUCUGCACGUUACGAACAUAUCGAAACCAAAAUACAUAGUCUGUUCGCCGUCACUUUACAAAACACACGCAAAAACGAUAGCAACAAUGAAAUUCGUCAAAAAAGUUAUCUUGUUCGGUGGUGAAAAGCAAAAUGGGACGCUGUCAUACAAUGAUAUGGUUUUAGAGAGCAAUGGUUGUAUUAAAAAUGUGAAGUACGAGGAGUUCCGAUGUGUAGAAGUUGCCGGUCAGACUGAUACGAUGUUUGUCAUGUAUUCUUCUGGGACGACCGGGCUGCCUAAAGGAGUGAUGAUCACACAUUUGAAUAUACUGACUUUAAUAUGUUCACGCAGUGUCGCCGACCCAUCGACAGCAUUAAUCUCCUUGUCUCCUUGGUUUCAUGCUAUGGGUUUUGCAGGGUGCCUAAACGGCUUAUCAAACGGUGUAUGCUUUAUCUUCCUGGCUAAAUUCGAAAUCGACCUAUACCUGCGAACUAUUGAGAAGUAUAAGGUAGCUCAAAUAACAGUGGUCCCGCCGAUCCUAGUAGCUAUCUGUAAGGACCAGACCAAGAAAUAUGACCUCAGUUCUGUGCGGUUCGUUAUAUCUGGAGCUGCACCAUUACGAAAAGACAUCAUCGCUGCAGCACAUGUAAAAUUCCCCAACCUCGUGAUGGUGAUGCAAGGCUAUGGAGCCACGGAGUUGACGCUAGGAGUCCUAGGUUUCUUCCCAGACAGUCUAAAACUUGACAAGAUCGGCAGUGUAGGUGUCAUUGUGCCUAAUACUGUGUUAAAGGUAGCAGAUAUAGAAACAGGCAAAGCACUAGGACCUUAUCAGCGUGGAGAACUAUGCGUAAAAGGAGAAAUGCUGAUGAAAGGAUACCUCGGCAGGGAGAAAGGUGAUGAACUGGACGACGAGGGCUUCUACAAGACUGGAGACAUUGCAUACUAUGAUGAUGACGGCUACUUCUUUAUAGUGGAUCGACAGAAGGAGCUUAUCAAGUAUAAAGGGUAUCAGGUACCACCGGCAGAGUUAGAAGGAGUCUUACUGCACCACGAAGGUAUCAGAGAUGCAGCAGUGAUAGGAGUGGAAGACAAAGCUGCAGGGGAGCUGCCUCUAGCAUUUGUGGUGCGGCAGCCAGGGUCCAACGUCACGGAGAAGGAGGUCAAAGACUUUGUGGCCGAGAGGUUAUCGAACCCGAAACAUUUGCGCGGUGGAGUACGGUUUGUAGAAGAAAUACCAAAGACACCCAGCGGGAAGAUUAUGAGAGCGAAAUUGAAGAAAAUGUUGAAUUCUAAGACUAAGAGUAAAUUAUAA